AUGAGGUCGCCCUAUUUUCCAGCGAGGUCGGUGCUUUUCCACAAGGAGCUCAACGGAGUGACGUACAGAGUGCCAGCGCUGCUCUAUUUGUCUCGCUCCAGGACCUUCAUGGCCUUCUGUGAGGAGAGACUCAGCCCGUCCGACUCUCAGGCUCACCUGCUGGUCCUCAGGAAAGGCACUUUCUACAGGAACUAUGUGGAGUGGGAUGACCUUCGUGUCCUGGGCACUGCUUUCCUGCCAGGCCAUCGCUCCAUGAACCCGUGCCCGGUGUACGAUGAGUUCACAGGAACUCUCUUCUUGUUCUUCAUCGCUGUCCUGGGUCACACCUCGGAGUCUUAUCAGCUGGUGUCGGGGAGGAAUGUUACCCGUCUCUGUUACGUCUGCAGCACCGACCAAGGAGGCACCUGGAGUCCUGUCACCGACCUCACCAAGAGUGUCAUAGGAGAUACUAUCAAAGAAUGGGCCACUUUUGCUCUCGGCCCGGGCCACGGCAUCCAGCUGAAGUCGGGCCGCCUGCUGAUACCUGCCUACGCUUACCACAUUGAGUGCAAAGAGUGCUUCGGACAGCUGUGCCAGACCACUCCCCGCGCCUUCUGCUUCCACAGUGACACCCACGGGCGGACCUGGCAUUUCGGGGAGGCGGUGCCAGUGCCUGAGAGCGUGGAGUGUCAGAUGGUGUCUGUGGAUGAGGAGGACGGGACUAACGUGCUGUACUGUAACGCCCGCAGCCCUCUGGGAUACCGGGUGCAGGCCCUCAGUCUGGACGAUGGAGCCGUGUUUCAGGAGGGGCAGCUGGUGCAGCGGCUGGUGGAGCCUCGAAACGGUUGUCAUGGAAGCAUUGUGGGAUUUCCUGCCCCGUUACAUUUAUGUACUUCUCUUGACAGUCAUUUGCAUCAACCUACAAGUCACUCCAGACACUGGACUUCCUCAAACAUUUCCACCUCUGUUCCCAACCCUAGCCCCAGUCCUCCAGAUUUCCUCACCCCCACCUGGGUAGUAUACUCCCACCCGACAUGGACCUCAGCACGCAGGGAUCUAGGCAUCUUCCUCAGCCUGUUCCCCCGUGAUCCAGACAGUUGGCGGGGCCCCUGGGUGAUCUACGAGGGCCCCAGUGCUUACUCCGACCUGGCUUAUCUAGAGUUGUCCCCCUCACCCGGGGCCCCACCUGCUGUGGCCUUCGCCUGCCUGUUUGAGUGCGGCACAAAAACAGCCUACGAUGAAAUCUGCUUCAGCAUCUUCACCCUCUACGAGCUUAUCGAUAAUCUGCCCCGGGAGGCGCAGCUGGGAAAUAUCGGUCAUGAAUGUAGAAGAAGGCAGAAUGAAGUUCCAGAGACAGAUUGUACAAGUGGACAUGGCGCUCAAAGUCCUGCAGUUUUCCAUGAGGAGCCUGGAGUAAAGAAGAGAAGGAAGAAGUUGACUGAGAUGUGCUCUGUGUCUUAAAUGUAGUUUUUGACCUUGUAACACAGAGUUGAAGUGUCUUCCAAUUAUGUUUUUUAUAUACACUCUUUGAAAUGUGCCAAUUCCCUCAAAUUCAAGAACCCAACUAAGCAUAGUUGGAGACCCACUUUACUGUUAUAUCUAAGACGAGAUUUCUAUAAUCCAAUGUGUAUUUAUGUCCACAGUACCUAGAAUUUCAAGACAUUAGACCAUGAUAACUGUUCUGCUACAAAGUCUACUUUUAUUAUUAUUCUUUAUUAUUAUUUAUGAGCUAUUUUAUUGAAUUGCAGUAGAUCAUACAGGUUUACCCUAUUAUGUGGUUACUGUUGGGGAAAUAUUUUCCAAGGCCCAUAACUUUGACCCAGUUUAUCAGUUCAUACUGU